AUGGAGCUCUCAGAAUUCAUUGAAGCUCCCAGAGUUCAUGAUGCAUUCAUGAGAAAAGGACCGCGACCGUCACAAGUAGGAGAUAUAUGCAUAUUUGGGCAUCAUUUAAUUUUUGCACCAUCUAAUCCACAAAAUGAUACGACUAAUCAAAAUUUGAAUAAUGAAGAGUUCUGGUUGCUUCAUAAAGCCGUAGACAGAGUUUUAUGUGAGCCAAUUUCAAAAGAACAACCUUCAAAAGGAGGAUUAUUAGCACUAAAAUGUAAAAACUUUCUGAUAAUAAUUUUUGAAAUUUCCGACCUGGAGCUCUGCCGAGCUGCUGCUCGUUCCAUUGAAUCUCUUUCCAAUCUAAAUGGAGUUGUUCACGACUACGCCUUCUUUUAUAACUCGCCAUUUACAAUUCUCGAUGAUGGUUGGACUGCGUUCAAUCCAGAGCAAGAGUUCGCACGUCUAAUGACUUUCUCUGAUAAUUUUCGAAUUUCUAGCGUUAAUGAAAACUUUUCCAUUUGUCCUUCUUAUCCUGACAAAGUGAUUGUUCCGAAAGGAAUUGGAGAUGAUUAUUUGAAGAUUUCAGCCACUUUUAGGGACGGAGGAAGAUUUCCGGUUUUAAGCUAUUUUCAUAAAGAAACGAAAUCUCCGUUAAUUCGAUGCGGUCAGCCACUUAUUGGUCCAACUAAUCGUCGAUGUCGAGAAGACGAAACUAUUCUUAAUUCGCUUCUCACUGUAAACCGCGGGUUCAUCAUUGAUACUCGCACGAAAACAGCAGCGACAUCUGCAAAAGCGAAAGGGGGUGGAAGCGAACCACAAGGAAAUUAUCGUCAGUGGAAAUAUCUUCAUUGUCCGAUUCCGAAAAUGCGCGAUAUUCACGAUGCUCUUACAAAAAUCGUUGACGCGUGCUCCGACCGCAAAAUAAGUUCGGAUCGUUGGGUUAAUCGAAUCGCUUCAUCAGGAUGGCUUUCGGCCGUGGCAGCUUCUCUAGAAUGUGCAGCAAAUGCUGCGCAAUGUAUUCAUUGCGAAGGAACAAAAGAAGUACCCGUCGUUAUUCAUGGCGGCGAAGGAACUGAUACCACAUUGAUCGCUUGUGCUUUAGCACAAGUGAUUCUCGACACCGAUGCCCGAACAAUCCGUGGACUUGAAUCGGUCAUCGAAAGAGAAUGGAUCUGUGCUGGACAUCCAUUCAGUCUUCGCAAUGCUCAUUGCGCUUACGCUGAAGGAACAAUCACCGGUCCUUUCGAGAGCCCAGUGUUUUUAGUCUUUCUUGACUGUCUUUUCCAGAUGGUAUCGCAAUAUCCAUUAUCGUUCGAAUAUGAUGAAUCAUUCUUAAUCUUCCUUUUCGAACACGCUUAUGCAAGCGAAUUUGGCUCAUUUGUUGGAAAUAAUGAGAAGGAGAAACAAGAGUAUCAAGUUAAACAGAAGACCGUAUCGUUGUGGUCUCAUGUUCAUCAUCCAGAAACAUUGAAACAGUUUGUUAAUCCAUGUUAUGAUCCAGAACCUGGAGUCCUUUGGCCUUCAAUUGCUCCACAAUCGAUUAAAAUUUGGGAGCGCCUAUUUUUCCGUUGGCAGCGCCGUGAAUCCAAUUGGUCUUCACAAGAAACGGAAACAAUUCAAAAACUUGCAGAACAUUGGCAAUUACGCGAAAAAGAACUUAUAAGUAAAGCUUCUUUUUUGAGAAGGAGCGUUGCCGAAUUAACUAAAGAGUUACGUUCUCUUGGAGUACCCACCUCAUAG